ACAGCCACGCUUUGUUGGUCUUUAUUUCUCGUAUACGAGCUUGAAGUAAAUUUGCAGAAAACUUUCGGUUUUCAUCAUAUUAUACGUCUUUGUGUUGUCUGCUUGAUAAAUUGCCGUAAAUAUAAGGUGGAUGAUAGCUCGGUAUUGAGAGAAAGCUGGUUUCGGUGAUAUGUUCGGGUUUUUUGAAAUGCCUGUAUAAGAAAAUUUUUGCAGUACAUAUAAAAAUAGUAAUCAUUCAUUUUACUGUCAAAAAUAUUUUCAUUCGAUUUAAAAACUACAAAAUAAUAGUAGUUAAAAUGACUUCAAACGAAUCAAACGUUGAAUAUGUGGAAGUGGAUAUCCACAAAACCCUGUGUGAAUUGCAAGAACGCUUAUCCAAAUUAGAAAUAACCAACAACUCGGCGGAAAGUGAUUCUAGUGAAGAUGAGGCGGACAUUUUCCCGUUAACGUCGAUCAUACAGUUGCGCAAUUUUGAGUUUAGACUUUCCAAAGAAAAGUCAUUCCGUAAAAAAAUGGAAAAAUCAAUUUCGAAGCUUCUUGGCUCCGAAUCCGACAAUAAAAAGGCUGGGAAUUUUAUUAUGAAUUACUGUUUCCACAUACAAGUACUGCAAAAAAUUUCUUAUACAGGCAUUUCAAAAAACCCGAACAUAUCACCGAAACCAGCUUUCUCUCAAUACCGAGCUAUCAUCCACCUUAUAUUUACGGCAAUUUAUCAAGCAGACAACACAAAGACGUACAAUAUGAUGAAAACCGAAGGCUUUCUGCAGAUGUACUUCAAGCACGUUUGCGAAAAAUACAACAAAAGACCGUACCUUUUUGAUCAUGAUGACAUCCACGAAGGACCAACAAGGAAGUAUUUAAAGCGGAUUUAAGAGAUUUUUAAAGUGCUGUCCAAGUUAAAUUGAAGAAAUGACAAAUAAAAGUGUAUUGCAAAAACUCUAUUAAA